AUGUUGGUGUGGUGCUGUAGCACGGACCACGCGGACACCGGAGCGGCCUACGGGGAACCACCGACCCACUCUGUUGAACCGCGGCCCCGCACUGCAUCAGCGCUUUGGGGAGAAGUAGGAAGGCUUGAGAAAAGCAAAGCAGACUGCACGGUUGACCAGUCUUUUAGACAGAGCGGGUGGAAGGAAAGAGGUUUUCAAGGAUGCUCAAGCAGAAGUAGGGCUCCGAGGUGCCGCUGCUGCACACAGAGGUCAUUAACCAAAGACAGAACUCUCCAAGUGAAGGCCUUGGCACUGCUUGAGCAAUCCAAGAAAAACCAAGGCUGA